AAGCUCCUGCCAAAAUAUAUAACUAAAUAAAUUUACACAUUAGGUUGUGAAAAUAUUUAAAAAAAUCCCCCGUUAAACCUAGAAACUAUUUUAAUACCUAAUUAUGAUUUCUAGUUCUAGUUUUUAAUGGAGUAAAAGUGUAGUAUAAAAUACGUUGUCAAUAACUUAAUAUAAGAUAUUAACGUAAGUUGAAAUGGAAGAUAAUUUUUCGAACGAUGACGAAAUGAAGGAUUCGUCUGUGAGUCCUAAAUUCGGAGGUAAAAAGCUUAAAUUAAACGAUGGGAGCUCGCAUGAUAGUCUCAAAGAAAUCGCCUCUGGGAGUAAAGAUGAAAAAGAAGAGAACGUUGAUAGUGGGGUAUCAGCUGACAAGUCUGAAAGCACGAGUAGCGACGAUCGCGCUGUGGCUGUAAUUGAGGGACCGGCUAACGAAGUCGUGAAUGCAGCUCCUUCAGGUAGUAAUGUCGGUGCUAUUCUUCUCGACAUGAGACGUUCGAGGCGAUCGAGAAACUACAGAAAACGAAGGACUCCUGACAGAGAUUCUGGUAGCGAUAACACUUCUAGAGAUUCAGAUGAUUUAUCAGCCGAAGAAGUACCAGAAUCUAGCCGAGCAGAGACAACAGAUGGAGACUCUGCAACUGAUUGCUCUAAUAGUUCACCCAGUGUUAGCAGUUCCGAUAGUUCCUCAGAAAGCAAUGAGAGCUUAGAAAUUGAAGGUGACGAAGGAGAGGGUGCACAACCUAACUUAGAUACAGAUAGUGAUGAUGAUUCUUGGCUCUGGAAUAAUCGUAAUAAUGAAAAUAAGGGAGAACCACCAGCUGUCCUUUUCAAGACUCGACCAAAACAUACAUACUUGAUUUUAAGAGAAAUUAUAAAUCGUGAAUUGGGACUGACAUUUCCUUGCGGCAAAGCGAUACAGAAUGAUGUUAUGUUUGAACAGAAGUUCUAUGGCUCACUUCAUGCAGUUUACAGACUAGAAAAGUUACAUAGCCUUUUGAAACAUAGAGGCUGUGUGAAUGCAAUAAACUUCCACCCAGAAGGACGGCUCCUCGCUUCCGGCUCAGACGACACGAACGUUGUGAUAUGGGAUUGGGCGAAAAAGAUUCCACUGCAGACAACCAAAACUGGGCACAAGUCGAACGUAUUCCAAAGCAAAUUUUUGUACCUCAACGCCCAGAGUCAAAUUAAUAUUGCCACUUGUGCUAGAGAUGGCCAGGUGCGGCUGCUGUCGCUGCCGGCGGCGGGCGGCGCCGGCGAGGCGCGGCGGCUGGCGGCGCACGGGCGCGCGGCGCACAAGCUGCACGUGAGCGCGGCCGAGCCGCACGCCGUCGUGUCGGCCGGCGAGGACGGCGUCGUCAUGUGCUCCGACGUGCGCAGCGACCGCCCGCUCAAACUGAUCCACGUGAAGUACGCGUCGACGAACUCGAUCCCGCUGUACAGCGUGGCGGGCCACCCGCUGCGGCGCCACGAGCUGCUGCUGGCCGGACGCGACAAGUUUGUGCGCGUGUACGACACCCGGCAGCCGGACCAGCCGCUCGCGCGCUACCGGCCCGGACACAUCUCCGAGGGCUCGAGUAAAGAUGAAGCCCGCAAGUUUAGAUCUACGAAGCACCUCACAUGCGCCAUUUACAACCAUGACGGAACGGAAAUAUUAGGUUCUUACAAUGACGAGGAUAUAUAUUUGUUUGAUGCCAAGGAGGAUCUGUAUGAGCAUCACGCAAGCGACACAAAAGAUGGAUACACACAUCGAUACAGCGGCCACUGUAACAGCGCCACUUUCAAGGGUGUCGCAUUCUUUGGACCCAAGAGCGAAUACAUCGUGUCCGGUUCAGACUGUUCGUACAUAUACAUGUGGGAGAAGAAGUCGGAGGCGAUCGUGCAAUGGAUGGAGGGAGACAAGAAAGGAGUAGUAAAUUGUAUAGAAACUCAUCCCCGCUUCCCCGUCAUGGCGACGAGCGGGCUAGACAAAGAUGUCAAAAUAUGGAUACCGAAACGAGAAGCCGAUCCAACGUACGAGGGAAUGGAAAAGGUGGUACGUGACAACAGCGAGCCGAGUCCUUUGUUCAAUGAUUUUUUACCUACACUCUAUAGUACGUGGCACGGCGGACGACAGUUAGGGCUCAUAUCGGACGACUCCCCGACUAACUACAGCGGGAACCUUGAAUUCGAUGGAAAUGUCUGCACCGCCUUUUAGGCUUUGUAAAAACCUCCUGCACAAUUAAUUAUUUGUAUAUUUAUUACGAUGAUUAUUGUUAUAAUAUAACAUUUACAUAAAGGAUAUGAUCCAGAUUCCAUUAGACCGAAUAAUUUAGUUCCUAAGAUUUAUUACAAAAAAAAAAAACAAUAGACAUUCGCUAGUCUAUACAAAUUAAAAGCAUAGAGCUUUGUCUUUUCAAACGAUUUUUUAUUAUUUGUUUGGAUUGUAUAUACCAAUGGUUUUUAAUUAUUAAAUUAUAUCUACAUAUUCAAUUUAAACUAUACAAAAGUAUACAAUUUGUCGUCGUAAUUUGGAUGUUCAGUGAUUAAGUCAUCGAUCAUCCAAAUCACAGACACAAUGAUUUUUUAUAUUUAAACCAUAAUAUAAACCAUGAGCGUAACUUAAGCGCCAUAUUAAAUUUUAUUACAAAACGCGUUAAUAUAGUUAGUUGGUAUAAUUGAUUGGCAGGAGGUUUAACCAAUUAGACAAACAAAGUCAAAUUGUUAAUGAUGUGCACUCGUGUUUUUUAUUAAAAUAAUUAUUUGUUGUUUUCAUAAAAGCUACAAAAAUAA